AUGGAACUUGUUCCAUAUUCUGACCCUAAUUCCGCAACCACUCCAGCAUGGCAAGAAAUGUUCCGAUCCGCAUCCUCAAGACAACCAUCCUCCACCACAUCUCCCCACGCGCCAUCUGGACUACCCCGCGCGCCUUCCAAUAUUCCCCACGCGCCGUCGUCGACAAGAAACGACUCCGACCCAGAUGGAAAAAACAAAUUUUCCGGCGACCCCCAGGUGAGACUCGCUUUAUACAUAGCCAUGGCACAUGCGGGUCUUGGUUUCGCCAUUUUCAUUCUCUACACUGUUUCAAAGCUCUUGGAACAGUAUCUUAGACCUCUCCAAUGGGCGGUGCUUUGCUCAAUUCCUCUCAGGGGAAUUCAUCAGACCAUUGUUUCGUUCUGGGCUAAGCCUCUCACGUUGGGACUCACGGAAACUGUUCUUGCUGUUCCGGUUGCUGUUUUUAGAGCUUUUGUUGGUACACUUGUAGAGAUUCGAGAAGCUUCCUUCAGAUUCAUUCUGAGGAAACCGAAGCCUCCGAAUCCUCAUCCAUCUAUAAAACGUAGCGGAUUUUCCAAAUUGCUUCGUUUGUUGGUGUCUUUUGGGAUAUUGAUCAUUGCUUAUGAGAGACUAGGUGGUUUUGGUGCUUCUUCACUUUUAGGGUUGGGUUUUGUGUUUAGUUCUAAGAAUGUGGAUUCGACUAUGCACGCUUUGUCUUCUUUAAGGACUAAUAGCUUCAGGAGAAGUGCGGUUAGUGCUUAUUUUACUAGAAAGGUGGUGAAGAGGUUGAGUGUUUUGGUUGCAAUUGGGCUUAUCGUUGUUAUGAUUGUAGGGUUUUUAACUGGUUUGAUUUUCUUUUCGUAUAAGAUUGGUAUUGAAGGGAAAGAUGCAGUUGUUUCUCUUAAGUUGCAUGUGGAAGAGAGUAAUUAUUCUGAGAGAAUUGGUGUUAAGAAGUGGAUGGAAGAGAAUGAUGUUGCUGGAAUGGUGGAUAGUUACACCACUAAGUUCUAUGAGACUGUUUCUGAUCAGAUUGACGGGUUGGCUGUGCAAUAUAACCUGACUGAAAUUGUGACUGGAAUUAAGCAUUUUGUGAUAUCGACUCCGGCGAACUCUUCAACAUCUUCAACAGCUUUGAUUAAGCCUUCGCGAUACACGGAAAAGUUCUUGAGUUUGAAAACUCGGGUUAAGAACCGCGAAUGGAGUCAAAUUUAUGAAGAACUCGAUUCACUUUUUAGAGAGCUUGUGAUCUCACGUGAGGAUUUGGUUGAGACGGCAAAAGGGUUUGCGUUUAAAGGAAUAGAUGUAUCGCAGCGUAUUUUGGCUAGUAGUACAACCGUGCUUGGAAGCAGUUCAAAAUUUGUGUUGUCCAUUGCUAAUUCCAUCGUCUCUGGAGCUGCAGAAGUUUUCAAUUUUGUAUCUCAAUCAAUGGUGUUUAUUUGGGUUUUGUAUUAUCUCAUUACAUCAGAGUCUGGUGGAGUAACAGAACAAGUGAUGUAUAUGCUUCCGAUUUCAAACUCAACUAGAAUUCGAUGCGUUGAAGUUUUGGAUAAAGCUAUUUCAAGUGUACUUUUGGCCACCGCUGAGAUGGCAUUUUUUCAAGGAUGUCUUACUUGGCUUUUGUUUAGGUUAUACAAAAUUCAUUUCUUGUAUAUGUCAACGGUACUUGCAUUCAUCAGUCCUUUGUUGCCGAUAUUUCCGUAUUGGCUAGCAACAAUUCCAGCCGCUGUGCAACUAGUGAUGGAAGGUAGAUACAUAAUUGCUAUCUUCUUGUCUGUUACUCACCUUUUCCUCAUGGAUUAUGGUGCGUCGGAGAUUCUUGAAGAUGUGCCUGGGAAUAGUGCUUAUCUUACGGGACUCAGCAUCAUUGGGGGAAUGACAUUGUUCCCAUCGGCUCUCGAGGGAGCUAUAAUGGGGCCAUUGAUAACAACAGUGAUGAUUGCUCUAAAGGAUUUAUACGCGGAAUUUGUUUUGGAAGAACCUCAUGACAAGGCCAAGAAGAAAACUAGCUAA